AUGAAAAACACUUGUUUAUUGCAUCCUAGAGAUGAGACCUGCUCCAAUGCCACAGUUCUGUCAUUAUCACAAAAAAAUUUGGAACCUUCUAAGACAUUUCUGCAGAGAAAUGCAGGAAGGUUAAAAAAUGCUAGUUUCCUGGUGUGCAAAUUCCACAGGCAUACAAUUCAGAAGCCACAGAGCACCUAUGGCACCUUCUAA